UUUUUACGGUAGGGCAUGCAACCCUACCGCCAGGGACCUUGGCGGUAGGCUGUUAGACCCUAUCGCCAUGAACCUUGGCGGUAGUAGAAGGACCAGAUCUCAAAAUUAUAUCAGACUAGGGUCAGAUCUCGAAUAGAUACCCGAAAUUUAGCGCUCCUCGGCGGCGACAAACUCGCAUUUCCUGGCCGGCCGGAUACCUCGUCUCCAUCCCAUCCGCCGGCGCUCCGCUCCACUCCCGGCCACUUGGUUCGGCCUUUUCCUACCGUUUGUGUCGUGUUGGUUGGUUUCCCCACGCCGCACGCGCCGGAAGGAAGCAACCCAACCCCGAAAGUCGCUUUUCCCACUCGCCAGGCCAGGCUAGGCUAGGGUUUUUCUUCCUUUCUUUCUUUUCGGAGGCCUUUCCGGCCAGCCAUGUCCCUGUCCAUGUCGUCGUCGCCCCCUCUUGCGCUUCUGCUUCCGCUUGUCCCCCCACCCUGCCUCACUCGCUGACUCACCCGGGAGCUUCCACUCCGGGCCCAAUGGACGAGGAGGAGGGCCCGCACCCGCUGCCGCUGCCGGAGCCGGGGCCGGAGGUGGGGGCGGAGGAGCCGGCGGCCGGCCGGCGCUGCGGCCGCCACCCGGACCAGCCCCUCACGGGCGUCUGCUCCGCCUGCCUCGUCGAGCGCCUCUCCUCCGUCCGCAGCCCCGCCCACCCCGAGAUCCUCGAGGUCGCCACCACCUCCUCCUCCUCCUCCUCCCUCAACCCCGACGCCCGCCCCGCCCCCCUCCCCCUCCCCGUCCCCGCUCCCGGCGACCAAGAAGACCAGGGCAAGCUGCGGAGGACGCUCAUGCUGCUGAUCUGCCGGGAGCCGCCGCCCGGUGGCAGGGGGGGCUCCUCCCUGGACCCGCCCCGCCACUCCUGGGACGGCUCCAUGGUGGGCAGGGCCUUCGCCUGCUCCUUCGCGUGCCUAGAGGAGCCCUCCGAUGGCGUCACCAGGGUCAGGCACAGCAAUGCAGAGGAACCGGCCGGGGAGCGCCCUGCUGCCGGGGUGGCAUCCGAGAGCAGGAACGGGGGGCAUUCCGCCGAUGUGGCCGGCGGCGAGGGGCCGAGGUUCAGGGAGAGGAGGAGCUGCAGUGACGCCGGCCUGGAGAUAACCGUGUCAGCCUCAGGUGUCCGGCGCCGGAGGUCCAACAGGUGGAGCAGGGUGUGGGAUCGCAGCAUCACGAGUCCACUCAAGGAGUUCGUGAGGAAGGGGGAGCACGCUCUUGACCGGUCCUUCUCGGAGUCGAGGAGGGAAACCAGGAGGUGCAAAAAUGGGGAGACAACAGACAUCGAAAAUGGCGAAAUUCACCAUGGCCGCAACGGGUCGGCACUUCCUGGCAGAGCAAGCCAGAGCACAAGCAGAAGAUCACAAGCUCACACGGCUAAUGGGGAGGAGCAGAAUUUCCGCACGGAUUGGCUCAGGAACAAGGAAUGCAGGAUCAGCAGGAGCAGGAGCGUGCAUUACACUUCUCCUGGGAACUUCGAUAAUGGGAUGCUGCGGUUUUACCUGACGCCGAUGAGGAGCAACAGAGCCGCAAACAGGGGGAGGAGGAGAAGCUCGCGCUUGUUUGGAAGAGGACUUUUUGGUUUCGUUUGAGUGGCUCAGGUUGAAUGCCAUACAUUUUAGAAGAGGGCAGCAGCACAAGCAACUUUUUCUUCAGAAUCUACUUGGUUUCUUAGAAGUGGCUAACUCUGUAAGUUGUUCAGCAGCUACAUUCUUUCUGCAGUACAUUAUUAAGCCCAACUUAGAGUCAGGAAGAUUUAGCAUAAGUUGCAGAUUUGCUGCUGCUCUGUUCUUUUAAGACAUUGCUUAUAGAUGGAAUCAGGACUGUGCUGUCCAGAUUAGUGUAUCAGGUGUAAUUAUUUACAUUAUAAUAAUAUUCGUAUCAAUUCUUCCAAUCAGUAAAGGUAUAUACUGUUCUAAACUUGUAACAUGUUGUUGCCUCCAAAACAUAUGCCAUAUGCCUAUCCAUGGACAAGAUCACGAGCCAGAGAACUUUGAGCUGCUGUGUCUCAUUAUUAGAAAUAGCCACAUAUGGCCCAUAUGCUACACAGCUUACACAGAGAAGGGAAUAAUAUAAGCUGUGUAUGAACUUUCCUGCUCUGCAACUCUUGCACUUUUGUUGUUAGUUUCUGUUUCCUAUAUUUUGUAGACUGUCUGUUAACCACUGGUCCAUGCUGUUCAUUGCUCUACAAAUGACAUUGAGGCUGCACUGGUGUGGUCCUUACAGAAGGCAUGAGAGUUCUCAAUGGUGGGGUCCUUGUGCCAAAUGAUUCCAUAUGUAUCCCCAACUUCAGUCAGUGUAUUCACAUCUUUAACUUGUCUAGGUAAGGAUACAGUAUAAACCGAUUGGCACUCGUGUAUUUUGUUUUAGUCUAGGAAACAGGCAUUUGAAGGUCUUGCCUGUAUAUGUUUGCUCUUGCUAGAUCAGCUAGCUAUGUAGGGCCACUUUUUGAGGACAUUUAUCUGUUCUUGUUUUCUUUGCGCAACGCCUGAAUUAUGAUCCUUGAGAGUUCGGACUAUUCAAUUCUUAAACAGGCUGAAUAUUUGCGAUGGUACUUUAUCCCUACCUAUCAUCGCCAGUGAAGUACUGUUCUAAACUUGUAACAUGUUGCUGAAACAUGUACUAGCAUAUACAGUAUCUAUCUUUGGGCAAGUUCACAAACAUGCAGCCCAUAUGCUACAAUUUACUCAAAAGAAGGCAACAAUAAGCUGUGUAUGGACGUUCAUGUCUUGCAACUCUUCCUCUUUGUUAGUUUUUCCGUUU